AUGAAGCUUUACGCAGUCCUGGCACUUUUCGUCAAUCUGGCUAUCGUGUGGGGUGCAAAGAUCCGCACACAUGGAGCUCAUGAAGAUGUGCCCGAUCCACCGAAUUGCACCAGCACCUUCGGCAAGACGUGGGUUGAGCAUUGCGAGAACGUCUCGCUGGCGGAAUGCACGGGUUCUUAUGUCAGCUGGGGCAUAAAAUGGCUGCAGGAAUGUGACAUCAGCAGCUCGAAGACUGCCUGCAUGCCCACUGGACACCGCUGCACACGUUCAUCGGCAACUUGGCAAGAGCUGGUUAUCGAGUACCUGCCGCUCGGCGCAACCAGGGGCGACGGAGAGAUUGUUGCAGGCGGCGGUGGCGGAGGGUCGGGCGGUGGGGGAGCUGGAGGUGUCAUUACGGGCAAACAGAAGCUGGACCCCAGCGAGGCGCUGACGGUGGUGGUCGGUUCCGGCGGAAACUUCGGUGGCGGCGGCGCGAAGCGCGCGAAGGCCCGUCCCAGCAGUGGCCGCGACUCCCAGCUCGGUCAGCUUGUGGCCAAGGGAGGAGGGCACGGCGCUGGCGGGCGGACCCGCAAGAAGCCAGCAGCUUCAGGAGGAUCCGGUGGCGGUGGUGCCUUUGAUCGGUGGAAGGUCACGCGCAGCUCAGGCGUUGCAGGCCAAGGCUUCGGCGGAGGCAGAUCAAACAGGAAGAGUUACGGUGGCGGGGGUGGGGGCGGCGGUGCCUCUAAGGUAGGGCAGGAUGCUCCUAAGAAGCAUUACGGUGGCAAAGGUGGUGAUGGCAUCAAGUCAGAAAUCGCUGGCGCAGAGAAGUUCUACGGUGGAGGCGGAGGUGGAGGCGUCAAUCACAACGGAAACAAGCUAAAAACAGGUUUCGGUGGACUUGGAGGCAACGGUGGGGGAGGACGGGGAAGUGAUUUCGCAAGCAAGUGGAAUAGGAACUGGUGGCGGUUUACCGGAACACACGGUGAACCCAACACCGGAGGUGGGGGGGGAGGCACGGACCCGGAGUCGCGAUAUGCUGGCAUGGGCGGUUCUGGUGUUGUCAUUGUGCGCUACCCGGCCGACACGCCCGUCCUCGUCGGUGGGCAAGUGGCAAAAGUCGGCGGCUACCAGGUCCACACGUUUGCAACUCCGGGCGAAGAUGUCUUGGCCUUCAACAAUGGCACCGAGACCCUGUCAAUUGACUUCCUGGUCGUGGCCGGCGGCGGCGGUGGCGGUUCCGGAGGUGGCGGGGGCGGGGGCGUCGUCAAGGGCUCGAGGAUGAUCUACAAGGGGACGGAGUGGGGGGUCCUGGUUGGCGGAGGUGGCAAGUCCGGACAGGGCGGCGCCGGCAAGGCCAAAGAUAAAUCCAGGUCCAAGCUCGCGAAGAAAGGAGGAGACUCCAAGCUCGGAAGCCUGGUCGCCAUUGGUGGCGGGAAAGGCGCCGAUCAAAAAAGGAGACCUGGCCACGGCGGAUCAGGUGGCGGCAUCGGCUUCGAUCGCAAGCGUGCCUCGCCAGGGCGUGGCACGCCAGGGCAGGGCUUUCCAGGAGGCUUGACAAAAAGGAGAAGUUAUGGGGCUGGGGGCGGCGGAGGCGGCGCCGGUGGUCCUGGGGAGACGGCCCCUCAGAAGCACCUGGGCGGCAAGGGAGGGGAUGGCGUGUCCUCGGACAUCACAGGAACGCUGAAGUGGUACGGAGGCGGCGGAGGUGGCGGUGUGAACCACAAUGGCAACAAGCAGGUGGAGAACGGCGGUGGAGCUGGUGGCAAGGGUGGUGGAGGCAAAGGCAGCGACUUUGCGAGCAAAACACGGAAGAACAACAAGAAGUUCACGGGAACGUCCGGAGAGAAGAAUACCGGCGGUG